AAUUAAAAUAAAAAAAUAGAAAUGACUUUUCAUCUACUUACCAAAUUAUCUCGUGACUUGGUUCAAUUAUUCGAUACUUCAGCUUAUUAUGAUGUAAUCAUUCGCGUAGGUCAAGAAGAAAAUAUGAAAGAAUUUCCGGCACAUUCACUUAUUCUUCGAUCAAGAUCACCUUGGUUCAAAGAGAACUUAUCUGGUAAUAAAGUUAAAACCAUACUAAUCGUCCCUCUUAAAAACCUAGGUCUAAUGAUAGAAAAGCAAAGAACGUUCUAUUUCCUUCUCCAAUCAUCGACCUUCAAAUGCAACCUUAUAACCUUCAAGAUCUGUAGUUCCGAUUGCUAAAUGACAAAAUUAUUCUUAGUAAUGAAAAUAUUUCUCCUUCGACAUUUGAAAUAAUUCUAAA